CCUCCCCAGGAUGGAAAACCGCAAUGUUGUUAAAGUGAAGUUCAAAGACCACAAUAAAUAUGUUUUUUUCUCCAACAACAUUUACAUUUGAAGCAUUUUUGGAAUGUGUUGCCAGGAAAUUUGACCUUCCUACAAUGGAUUUUAAAGUCUUUGAUGACUCAAAGACAGAGGUUGAUCAGGAAGCAUUUGAAUAUUUGAUGAUGCAGCCAGAUGUUGGUGUCCUGGAAAUUGUUAUGUCAGAGACAACUUUUGAAGAUUCUUUUAGUUCAGACUCCCUUGCUGGUGCUGAGACUACUUCUGGGUCUGAUGACACUGUGAUAUUGACCAGAAGUCCAAGUGAAGAAAAACGAAUGGAGGAACGUUGUCAUGCCCAAAUGGUCGAAAACAUCUUAAAAGGAAGCCCAGGAGGCGACAAGAUCAUGAAUGAAUAUGCUCGAACGAAGUGUUUGUCAGAUAGCAGAAGACGUGACAUGGUGAAGAUCUUGGUUGCUCAUAUGACAAAUGAACAUGGAACAAGCCCACCUCGGCGUUUGAAGGAAGACUACGCAAAGGGGAUCAUCUCCCUCUUCCCCUAUUUGGCCGACCCCAGGAGCAAGCUUGGUUAUGAGCAUUAUUACAAUGCAGAAGAUGGAAGUGGCUAUUUGGCAUGGAGAAUUAAAACGCUGCAGAAAGAAGCAUCAGAUGGACGACUUAAGCGCCCACGACAAUCACAAACAGGCGGGCCAACCGUGGACAGAGAUCCUUACAAAGAAGAUAACUGGUUGAGUGAUGAACGCCAGUGUCAGGAAGCAAUAGCUCUGAUGAAGCACACAGCUGAUGAAUCCGUGGUGAAGGAAAAGAUGAGGUUUACCCUGGUCUAUCGUCAGAAGAUUUUGCAUGAUCCUGACAAGUCAUCUGAUAUUCUAACCAUUUUCCCACGAUUCAUGGACAUACCUGGCCUGAUUGAGCAGGAUUUUACACUACUUUUUGGUGACUCAACUUCUGCAAAGCUGUUGGAGAAAUGGUCCACCAACAUAAAACCAAAGGUCAUUGCACAGAGUCGUGGCCUGACACAGACUGGGGAGCUCCAAGACCUCGUCCAGAAUGCUGUAGCUACUGAAAUUGAAGAAAGUUGGGACAGUGACAUGUCUUCCAUUCUCUUGCUGGUCCACCUUCUACCACCUUCGAGUCAAGGGCGCAAAAGACCAGGGAAGAUUUCGGCUCGACAAGCCUGUGAUUGCCUAGUGAAAUUCAUCAAGGUGAAGCUAUAG